GCUUCUUUGCAGCUCGUCUUAGUCUGGCGAUCCUGUGUAGGCGUGUGGAGUUGGUGGACUAUCCUCAGCUGAGCCUCGCGGGCCCCCUCCGGACGCUUUCUCUAUGACGGAGGGGGAUGGUAAGCUACGAUAGCGUCCAAUGAGCUCAUGGGCCGCGUAUGUCGGGCCUUGGGGUAUUUGAACGUUGGUGUGUCGCGUGUGGAAACGUUUUCCAGAGCUAGAAAGACAGGUGCGACUUUGAUGUGACAAGGCUUAGUAUCGUUGCACAAAAGCGAGUCACUACAUAUUCUGGAUUACCACCGCGUUCUCACAACAUAACAAAAACAUUACCUUGGACACGAAAAGCAAACCCUCGGGUACCGAUUCCAACAAAAUGAAGUUCACCUUGACCGCCAUCACAGCGCUUGUCGCGCCUAUUGUUGCGCAGAGCACAACACCUGCCCCUACGUCGACCGACCCUUGGUACGGCUCCGGUCCACCAUGGGCUUCUUCUGAUCCGGCAAAAUGGUCUUCAAUCUACCAAUCGCUUCUCUCCGAAGGCAAGAUCCCAUCGACCCUCACUGCGGCGCCUUGGCCGACCGGCAGUUAUGGUCCUGGCCAAGGGCCCUGGGGACCAGGAGGACCGCACGGCCCAGGUGGUCCUGGAGGACCCGGACACUGGGGAGGUCCCGACGGCCCCGGCCCGUGGGGCUCAUCAAACUGGGGUCCAUACAGCGACUGGUCCACUCGUUCAGACUGGCGCAACGGCCCUUGGACGGCAUGGUGGGGAGGCAGCGCAUGCCCCCCAUCAGACUGGCCCGGUUGGACAGCUGGACCCUGGAGUAGUUCUGCGCCAUGGACGAGCUGGAGCGGAUGUUCAGCUUCAACGACGGCAACGAGUGUUGUUACCACAACGAUUAAUGGAACAGCGGCUACCACGACUGCGUACGGACUGCAAGUUGCUGCUGCGAGUGCGAGUACCACUGGCGAUGCGAGUACAGGAGCUGGUGAAAAGGCUACGGUGAAGAUUGGUGCUGUCGUUGGUGUCGUGCUUAUGGGAGUUGUCGUUGCUUUGUAAGGAGAGAAUGCGCGAAUACGAUGAGACGGCUGUGUUGGCUAUCGUCGAUGAACUUGUCACUCGUGGUUCAAGCAUGCAUUGGUAUGGCGUUGGAACACAUGAGACGAAGUACGCUCUUUGAUGUUGUAUACCCUCUUUACUCACAUAAUGAUAUUCUGUAUGGUAAAAGUAAAAUCUGACUCGCUCACCAUUCGAAAUGAAUUACAGGUCGGUUGAGA